AUGAGUAGUCAAAGAAAAGGAGAAUCAGCUCCAUAUCAUGUCCUUCAUAAACUUCCUACUGGUGAUAGCCCUUAUGUUAGAGCCAAGCAUGUUCAGCUGGUUGAGAAGGAUCCUGAAGCUGCAAUAGCUUUGUUUUGGAAGGCGAUAAAUGCAGGAGACAGAGUUGAUAGUGCUCUCAAAGACAUGGCAGUGGUUAUGAAACAGCAAGACAGGGCAGAGGAAGCAAUUGAAGCUGUAAAGGCCUUCAGAGAUCGCUGCUCAAAGCAAGCACAAGAAUCUCUGGAUAACGUCCUCCUCGACUUGUACAAGAAAUGUGGAAAGAUUGAAGAGCAGAUAGAGCUGUUGAAACAGAAGCUUCGGAUGAUUUACCAAGGAGAGGCCUUCAAUGGGAAGUCUACCAAGACGGCGCGUUCUCACGGCAGGAAGUUCCAGGUUACUGUCAAACAAGAGACUUCUCGGAUACUGGGAAACUUGGGUUGGGCAUAUAUGCAGCAAGGAAACUAUUUGGCAGCAGAAGUUGUAUACCACAAAGCUCAGUCUUUUGACCCUGAUGCCAACAAGGCCUGCAACUUGUGCUUAUGCUUAAUCAAGCAAACACGAUAUGCUGAAGCACAAUCAGUCCUCGAUGACAUAUUGCAGGGUAAACUUUUAGGAUCUGAUGAACCCAAGUCAAGAAACCGUGCCCAGGAGCUGCUCCGAGAACUAGGAACAUCCCAAUCCUCGUUGAUACUUUCAGAACCGUCAGGAUUAAGUUUAGAGGAUGCUUUUGUUGAGGGCCUUGACCAGUUGAUGAGCGAAUGGACUCCAUAUAGAUCAAGAAGACUGCCAAUAUUUGAAGAGAUCUCGGCAUAUAGAGAUCAGUUAGCCUGUUGA